AUGUCUCAAGGGAGGAAAGGUUUAAGAAACAAAAAGAACGAAGAAGAUGUGGAAGUGGAAGAAAAUGUGGAAGUGGACGGAGAAACUCAGCAGGAGGAACAAGAGCAGAGUGUAGCUCAAGUUCUACAAGAGACAACAGGAAUAACACAAGAACGAGAGGAAAAUGUCAAUAUGACAGCAUUGAUGUCUUUAAUGAUGCAGAUCAACAAAAAACUGGAAGAAAAUUCUAAAGAAAUCAAAGAAGAUAUGAAAAAAAUGGAACAAAAAUUGGAAGAGAAUUCCAGAAAAAUGGAACAAAAUAAUGCUAAAAUUGUGAAACGAUUAGAAAAACAGAUGGAUGAAAAAUUUGAUGCUUUAGAGAAAAAAUUAGCAAGUGAAAUAAAAGAUAUACAUAUGGAACGGAACAUAGAAAUCCAAAAAUAUAACUUAGAAGCAAAAAUUUACGAAGAAAGGAGAAAAACUGAAGAAAAAUUAGAUGAUAUGCUACAAAAUAUCCAAACAAACAACCAUCAAAUAAGGAAUGUAGAACAGAAAAUAGAAGACAUUUCACAAAUAAGAGACAUAGGGAGACCUUACUUGAAUUUAACAAAUGAGACAGGUAUAAAAUUCUCUGGUAACAUAAAAAAUUUACAUCCUAGAGUAUACAUAAAUAGUUUAAAACAUAAAUUAAGAUCAGUGAAUAAUAUUAAUGAUAUAAAAGAUUAUAUUAGAAUGACAUUAAGUGACAAUGCAGCAACCUGGUUUGCCAGCAUUGAAAACGAUUUAGAUAAUCUGCAAACAUUUGAAAAUCAAUUCUUAAAUUAUUAUUGGGGUGAAUUAGAACAAGCUAGAUUUAGGGAAGUUUUAUAUUUUGGAAAGUAUAAUCGCAAUUUAAGUUUAAAUAUGGUAGAUUAUGCUUUAAAAUUAAUAACUGUUGCAAAAUAUUUAGAACCACCACUUAGAGAAGACGAAACAGUUUUGAAUGUUUCUAGACACUUCGAUGCGGACGUUGUGCAAACAGUCACAGUACAAAACAUUCAAACAGUAGACAGUUUUAUUAACUUUAUUCAAAGAGUACAAAGAGGUUAUAUUACAAGUAAUAAUAGUAAAAAUAGACAAUCAUAUAACAAUAAUAGGUAUGGUAGUAAUUCUCACAAUUUUAAUAACAACAAUAAUACUAGUUAUGAGAGACAAGGUAAUAGAGAGAAUUUUAAUAAUAAUACUAAUGAUAAUAGACAAGAGAGACAAGGUAAUAGAGAGAAUUUUAAUAAUAAUAAUUAUAAUAGGCAAGAUUUUAACACCAGGAGAAAUGCACAAAGAUAUAAUUACAACAGACAGGUAAAUUAUGUAAGGGGUCAGAGCUGCGAAGACAGUCAACGGAAUAGUACAUGGCAAGAAAAUAUGAAUAGUAGAAGUGAAAGCAGUGAAAGACAUCGAGAAUUAGAUCCAAAUGAUCAGACACAAUCUGACAAUCCUAAUAAUCCAAAUUUUAUGUAG